UCUCGCAGAGCCGGGGCAGGACGGGCAAGCAGAAUGCCUCAUCAGCCAGAGGGUCGCUGUCAGAGGUGGUCGCGGCGGUGUCUGGCUGGGGCAGAGAAGUGAGGGCCUGAAGUUUUAUCCGCACGGCAGAUAUUAUUCCGUUCCCGUGGUUAUUUAUUUGCUUGCCGUUUGCACUGCUUGCUCUGGGGCGCCUCUGGUCUUCCUGCUGUUCCGGAACACAGCAAGGCGCUUGCUUGGUCAAAGGUGGUGGACAUGAUGUCGACAGGCCCCAGUAGAGACGAAGUAGGACUGGAAUCCUCGCUGGAAGCAAGCAUCGGGAGCACAUGCUCUUUUGGUGUCAGCCGCGCAAGGAUCUUCAAAAUAAUUGUGAUCGGUGACUCAAAUGUAGGAAAGACUUGCCUGACCUACCGGUUCUGUACGAGCUGCUUCCCCGACAGGACUGAGGCUACGAUAGGUGUGGAUUUUAGAGAGAGAAGUGUGGAAAUAGAUGGAGAAAGAAUCAAGAUUCAGCUUUGGGAUACUGCGGGACAGGAACGCUUUCGUAAAAGCAUGGUGCAACACUACUACAGAAAUGUGCAUGCGGUGGUCUUUGUGUAUGACAUCACUAACAUGGCUAGCUUCCAGAGCCUACCAGCCUGGAUAGAGGAAUGCAAGCAGCACCUGCUUUCAAAUGAUGUGCCCCGUAUCUUAGUUGGCAACAAGUGUGACCUGAGGGACUCCAUCCAGGUACCCACAGACUUGGCCCAGAAAUUUGCUGAUGCUCAUAGCAUGCCUAUGUUUGAAACCUCUGCUAAAAAUACAACGGACCACGUGGAGGCCAUUUUUAUGACAUUAGCCCACAAGCUCAAGAGCCACAAGCCGCUUAUUUUGAGCCAGCCUCCAGAAAGUACAGUGCAGCUGAAUUCUGGAGCAAAGACCACUUUUCCCUGUUGGUGCUAGGUUUGUUUUACUGACUGAGCCAGUUCAUGACUUCGGCUUGGAUGUAAGUGUCAUUCAUACCAUGAACCUUUUUAAUAGAGGACACUGUAAGAAGAUGCAUAGAUGUUUUUUUU